AUGUCCUCCGCACCAAACGUCCCGGCCUGGAAACGAUUGGGCCUCAAGCUCAAGCAGCCCGCAUCCGGCGCAGAGAUUGGCGGCCCUGCUCCUGCCGAGGGAUCGAAGCCCAACGGGCAACAACACCACGACCGGGACGCCAGCGGCCCCGUCGUCAACGCCGCCUACGCCUCGCCGGCCGCCGCCGCCGCCGCCAAAAGGAAACGUCUCGAUCAGCCUACUCCUCCCCCUGCGUACAACUCCAAUUCCCCCUUCAAACGGACCCGCACCGACGGCGACAGCAAUGCAACUCCGACCUUGAGGAAGCAAAAGUCCGUGACCUUUGCCGACGACGUCAAGAAGAACACCUUCACCACCGCGGCCGAUCCCAAGAGGAACAAGAAGAAGAACUCCAAGCCAGCGACCCAGCAGCCGACCGCCGACAUCAAGCCCUCCCUUGAGUACCUCAAGAACUGGAAGUCCUCACGCCAGACGUGGAAGUUCAACAAGAACCACCAAACGAUCCUGAUGAAGCGGGUCUUCCACUCCGACGCGAUCCCGUCGAGCGACAUUGGCACCUUUUACGAGUACAUCCAAGACCUCAAGGGCUUCACGCGGUCGCGGCUGCUAGAGACGGCGGCUGAAGUGAAGAAGGAGGACGCCGAGCAGGGCAAGGCUGCCUUCCCCGUAGGCACGCCGGACAUGGACGGGAAGCAGUCAGAGUACGAAAAGGUACUGGCUGGCCUCAUGCAGCUCGGCAAUGGCUCCGGCUCCAAGAGGAAGCGCUUCGACGAGGCCGGCUUCGUGUCCAAGUCCACGGACGUCGCCAUCACCCAGAGGGUCAUUAAGCGCAUGCGUGCCGAGACGAUAUUGGAGGAGCUGUCUGACAGCGAGGAUAGCGAUGCCAUGACCAUUGAUACCGAGGAGACGGCCCCUCCUGCCCAGGCGGCUGUGGCUCAGGAGGAGGAGUCUGCUGACAAGCGGGUCAAGCUCAACGACGGCACAACGAAGGAAAAGGCCCCUCGUCGUCGCAAGAGACGUACCAACGUUGACGAUUCGAGCUCUGAGGAAUCAUCUGAUUCAAACUCUUCGGAUUCGGACAGUGAUAGCGACUCCGAUGAUGAAUCGGACAACGCGAGUGAGGUACAGCGCCAAGCCGCUCAGCGGGAAGCCGAGUCUUCCAGCGAGUCAUCAUCAUCGUCGGAAGAGGAAGACGACAGCAGCGAGGACGAUAGCGAGGAAGAGGAGGAAGCCCCUAAGAAGCGGACAGGGUCGAAGAAAUAG